AUGAGGUGGCUCAAGUCGUUGGUUGGGCUGAGGAAGGUGGAGAGGCAGCAGCAGCAGCAGCGCCGCAAGGAGGAUGGCGACGCCGGCCGAACAAAAAGGGAUGCCGUCGAUCAGUUCCACUUCCAGGACCAGCACUCCCAGGAUCACGCUAGCCUUGUCGGACCAGAAGAGUUCCCUGAUGGAAAUGUUCCAUCAGAAGACGAGUGCGGCACACCUUCAUGCUCAGGGCCUGGUUUCAGUACGCUUAGUGUGCCACUGCCUCAAACAGAAGAGGAGCUCAAAGAGAUCUGGGCUGCCACAAUUAUUCAGACUGCAUAUAGAGCCCUCCUGGCUAGGAGAGCCCGUCGAGCUUUAAAAGGACUGGUUAGGCUUCAGGCCCUUGUAAGGGGUCAUAUAGUGAGAAAACAAGCUGCUAUAACACUCCGGUGUAUGCAAGCUUUGGUCAGGGUACAAGCCCGUGUUAGAGCAAGGCGAGUUCGCGUGGCCUUGGAAAGUCAGAUGGAUGACCAACAAAAUAAUGAAGAAGAGCAAACAGACGAGGCACAUGUUCGAGAAAUUGAGGACGGGUGGUGCGAUAGUAUAGGGUCUGUGGAAGACAUCCAAGCAAAACUGUUGAAGAGGCAGGAAGCAGCAGCCAAGCGUGAGCGAGCCAUGGCCUAUGCCCUUUCUCACCAGUGGCAAGCAGGUUCAAGGCAACAGGCGGCCAUUACAGCUUCUGAACUAGACAGGAACAGCUGGAGCUGGAAUUGGCUGGAGAGAUGGAUGGCCGUCCGCCCGUGGGAGAGUCGGUUCCUGGGCAUGUACGCAGCAGAUGGAAUUGCCAUUGAUACCGGAGCGCAGCACGCUGAGGGAAAUGCAACCAAGGCCCCAUACAGGAAACCUGUGAAAAAGCAGGUUUCAGCUCCUCAUUCAAAUGUGUUGAUCCAGAAGGCCCGCCCCUCGAACUCAGAGGGUGGUGGCUCCUCGUUGAACCCGUCUGCCGGUUCGGCGUCAGCUAAACCGAAACGGAAGCUGCCACCGAAGGAAGGUUCUGAUGAAGUCUCGUCUCGUCUUUCGGGACUUGGUGCCCGGAGCAGUAGUAAUCCUAAGGAGAGGCCUGGGCAGUUACAACCUCGGGCCAACAAGAGGUUCUCCUUGCCUGGCACUGGUGUAGGCCCAGAAGCUGGCAAACGGCAAGUGAAUAAACCCGCGGUGAACCGAUCGCCCAAGGCUGCCGAAGACUCCCCAGCGCUGGAAGGGAAGCAUCGCCGUGCCGGUUCCGUUGAUCUGCUGCUCAAGAGAGUUGAGCUGCAGGCCUGA